CCUCUUGCUGCUGGGCAGUGGGAGAACAAGCUCUCUUUAGCAGAUGCCCACGGCAGAUGCCACACAGUUCUGGAGCUGGAUGCAGCUGCCCCCCCGGGGUCCCCAGCAUGCCAGACAGUGGAGAGACCCCGCAGGACAGCAGACAGGAUGCAAGCGUGGGAACAACCCAAGAAAACUUGGGCACCAGCUCCCUGACUGACAGGCAGACGCUCUCCAAAGAGUCCCUGAGCCAUGCUUUCGAGCACUCGUCGGUGGCAAAGGCAAAGGAUGCCCAGUUGGAAUAUCCAGGGGAGGCGCUGUGGACAACCCAGGCCGACGGUCGGGUCCGCCUGCGCGUAGACCCCAGCUGUUCACAGCUUCCCUACACCGUGCACCGCAUGUUCUACGAGGCCCUGGACAAGUAUGGAGACCUCAACGCCCUGGGCUUCAAGCGCCAGGGCAAGUGGGAGCACAUCUCCUACUCCCAGUACUACCUGCUCGCCCGCAAAGCCGCCAAAGGCUUCCUAAAGCUCGGCCUGGAGCGGGCCCACAGCGUGGCCAUCCUCAGCUUCAACUCCCCGGAGUGGUUCUUCUCGGCAGUGGGCACGGUGUUCGCAGGAGGCAUCGUCACCGGCAUCUACACGACCAGCUCCCCUGAGGCCUGCCAGUAUAUUGCCUAUGAUUGCUGCGCCAACAUCAUCAUGGUCGACACGCAGAAGCAGCUGGAAAAGAUCCUGAAGAUCUGGAAAAAUUUGCCACAUCUGAAGGCAGUAGUGAUAUAUGGGGAACCUCCUCCAAAGAAGAUGGCCAAUGUGUACACGAUGGAGGAAUUCAUGGAGCUGGGGAACGAGCAGCCCGAGGAGGCCCUGGACACCAUCAUCAAUGCCCAGCAGCCCAACCAGUGCUGUGUGCUGGUCUACACAUCCGGCACCACUGGAAACCCCAAGGGCGUGAUGCUGAGUCAAGACAAUAUCACAUGGACAGCACGGUAUGGCAGUCAGGCUGGUGACAUCCAGCCAGCAGAGGUCCUACAGGAGGUGGUGGUCAGCUACCUGCCCCUCAGCCACAUUGCAGCCCAGAUCUAUGACUUGUGGACGGGUAUCCAGUGGGGGGCCCAGGUCUGCUUUGCUGAGCCCGAUGCCCUGAAGGGGAGCCUGGUGAACACACUGCGGGAGGUGGAGCCCACAUCCCACAUGGGGGUGCCGCGGGUGUGGGAGAAGAUCAUGGAGCGGAUCCAGGAGGUGGCGGCCCAGUCUGGCUUCAUCCGCCGCAAGAUGCUGCUGUGGGCCAUGUCCGUGACCUUGGAGCAAAACCUCAGCUGCCCGGGCAGCGACCUGAAGCCCUUCACGACCAGACUGGCAGAUUACCUGGUGCUAGCUAAGGUCCGCCAGGCACUGGGCUUUGCCAAGUGUCAGAAGAGCUUCUACGGAGCGGCCCCCAUGACUGCGGAGACACAACACUUCUUCCUGGGCCUCAACAUCCGCUUGUACGCGGGCUAUGGCCUCAGUGAGACCUCGGGCCCCCACUUCAUGUCCAGCCACCACAACUACCGGCUCUACAGCUCAGGCAAGGUGGUGCCAGGCUGCCGCAUGAAGCUGCUGAACCAGGAUGAGGAUGGCACCGGCGAGAUCUGCCUGUGGGGCCGCACCAUCUUCAUGGGCUACCUCAACAAGGAGGACAAGACGCGGGAGGCCAUCGAUGCGGACGGCUGGCUGCACACGGGCGACACCGGCCGCCUGGACGCCGACGGCUUCCUCUACAUCACCGGCCGCCUCAAAGAAUUAAUCAUCACAGCUGGCGGGGAGAAUGUGCCCCCUGUACCCAUCGAGGAGGCUGUGAAGAUGGAACUGCCCAUCAUCAGCAACGCCAUGCUAAUCGGAGACCAGAGGAAGUUCCUGUCCAUGCUGCUCACCUUGAAGUGCACUCUGGACCCAGACACCUCUGAACCCACCAAUAAUCUGACUGAACAAGCCCUGGAGUUCUGCCAGAGGGUGGGCAGCAAAGCCACCACGGUCUCCGAGAUCGUGGAGAAGAAGGAUGAGGCCGUGUAUCAGGCCAUUGAAGACGGGAUCCAGAGGGUCAACCUGAACGCAGCCGCCCGACCCUACCACAUCCAGAAGUGGGCCAUUCUAGAAAGGGACUUCUCCAUUUCAGGUGGAGAGCUGGGUCCCACAAUGAAACUGAAACGGCUCAUAGUUCUGGACAAGUACAAAGAUAUAAUUGAUUCCUUUUACCAAGAGCAAAACAAGUAAUCCAGGGCCGUACUUCCACAGUUUCUACUGAAUAGAUGGCAGGCCUUUUGGAGCACUUUUCUGAACUCCAGAUUCUCUGCAGAUCAGGGCACAGAACUGGUACCUACAUUUGCCAGAACUAAAGGGUUGAUAAUUUUUGGUAGCGUUAACAAGCUUCUAGCUCACAUACAGGCAAGCCAGAAGCAGGCGGUGUGGAGGUGGAGAUGGGGAGAAGAGGGCUUGUAUUGCUAGUGCAUGCUGCAAGGAGAGCCAACAGUUGUAACUCACCUAACGGCCUCACUUACCUGGCAUCAUGUUGGACACGGCCAACCCUAUCGUUCCAUCCCCAGGUACACCUCAACCAUGCCCAUGCCAACUGACUCGCUUAACAAAACUGCUGCUGUCUAAUUGACUGUAUUUAAUGUGCAAUUUGAAUAUUAAACCUUUUAACAGAACUGUCAA